ACUACUGUGCAUUCAAUGGCGUCAUGAAAAACUGUAGAGUGGUAGAGUCUACGCUCUACGCCACUGGUUGAUAAAUCUAUAAAUUUAAAUGGAAAGCGCGGGUUCUCUGUUCUACCGCUGGACCAAUAUAACCUCCAAAAACAAACUAAAAUGUAGUCCGUUUUUCUAUAUCGCAAACUAUAAUAGGUCUAAUUCAAUAGCGUAUGUUUGCAAAUCAACUUUAAUUUUUGUAAAGUCAAUUUGCGAAUCCUGUUGUUUUAAACUUUGGAUUCAGUAAGUGAGAUCGGGCAUAACCUCACAUUCAAAUGUCAUAACAGCAUGAUCACGUUUGAAACCUUUGACACUCCUAAAUCAAUAUAAAAUCGGUUUCAUUGUUGGAAACAUCGUUAAGUGUGUAUUAUUUUCAAUGACCACGUAAUUUUGAAAAACAUUGAACCAUGCAGUACGAGGAAGUGCCGGAGCCGACGCAAGUCCGCAACAGUAUUUCUAUAGCAGAAACACUAUGGCGAGCAAUCAACGAUCCACUCAUCGGAAUUUUUUCCGAUCUCGAAAAUCCAGCUACAGAAAGAACUCUCUGUUCGCUUCUUGAUUCAAUUAUUCGAUCUUCAUCCAAUCUGGUCAAUGUUCUUAUACCAACGUUUGGAGCUGGAAACAAGUACAAAUUGCUUCAAAAGCAACAUGCUGCAUAUACAACAUGGCUUUUUGGAGUUUUAUUCCAUGUUGUUGGAGCUCCUAUGAGCACUCAGGUUUUGGCCAGUAGUAUUGAAGUCCAAGCUCGAAUGCUUCGAAUUCUUGGGAGACUUAAUCUUGUGACGUUCGAAUCAAUAUCGAAUGAAUAUAUGAAUAUUCUUGACGAGCUCCUUGAUUGGGCCGAAUUUUUGGAAGACAAACCAACGCUUAUUUUCAAAAAAUUCGUAGCUGAACAGAAUGUGAUUGAUAAUUUGGAUCUUCCAAGUUUUCCUGUAACUGUUGAAGCAUCGAAGAAUUCCUCAACACAAAUUUCUGUUUUGAAAAUUAUAUUGAAAACCGGAGUGAACUGCUGGGAUGAAGACAAGCUUUGGAACAGAAUUCUUCGAAUUCUUGAAAGAUCAGUGCCUGAAGUGAAAUUCGUUGCCCUAGAAAUCGCCUUGGAAUUGGUUAAGUGCAGUACGGAAGAAAAUACGGAGUCAAAAACUCUGAUUGCUUAUAUGAUUGAAAUCGUAAAAAGUAUUUCACACUGGGAAAGUUUAGGAAUGUUGAGUGUCGAGCAAAUGAAGAAGAUUCCGGAGAUAAUGGUUGAUCUUCUAAAAAAUACGAGUGACAAUUACGAAGUGACCGAUUUGUGUUUUGCUAUUAUUGAUCUCAUCGCCGAAAACAUCAUUGAUUCGAAAAUUUUGGAGGUGGAAGCAUGCCAGAAAAUUAAACGAUACUUGACGAAUCAUCCGAGAGCUUACAGUCCAGCUGUAAUGACUAAAUAUCUUCGAUACUUCGAAAAUUGUCCGGAAUUUUCCAAAGUCAUUGUACAUUUUGUGAUUUUCGAUUUCCGAAGUAAGGUUUUUUGCAACGAAGUCGUUCGACUGUCAGAAGUGAGUCUUCUAUGGAAGAUUUUGUUAAGGAAACUUGGAGAAAAUUUGGAUGCUGAAGAUUACGACAGGGUUGUGAGGAUUAUCGGAAUUUGCUGUUCGUUGAGUGGGUGGCUCUGCGAUAAUGGGAAAACUCAGGCGAUUCUCUACGACGAAUGUAACGAUAUCGUCCAAAAAUUACGUUCGGCGCUCGAAAAAAUAAAUUGUCGGGCUAUAAGAUCUAUUUAUCAGUGUUUCAUCGAUUUAAUGGCGGACAAAGAAAUGAAUCAAACAGAAAUACAAAAUAUUCUCUGUUCACCAUGGUCCGAAGAACCUCUCGAGGGUCAACGGAGGCUCGUGGCUACCGCGAAGUCACUCGACGUUGGCACGAAAGCCAGAGCUAUAAGAGCCAUCACCGAGCAUGGCAAAGGACCUGACAGGGUCAAAAUACUCAGUGCGUGUAUUUCCAGCACAGAAAUCGAGCUCUCUAUGGCCGCUGUACUAAAUGCGGUGUUUCUACUGAAGGAUCCAAAGAUCAGUAUUUCGGAUAUAAUGACACAUAUUCUGAGUCCAGCGCUCGCGACACAACGACAACCACUCCAGGAAGCGGUCGCUGCAACGUUGGGCCCGUUGAUUUGUUUUGCGUCGGGAAGAGCCAAAUUCGUCAGAGAAAAUUGGGAUUCUCGCGAGUGGCGUAUUGCUUGCGAACAGUGCGAUUCCUCGACAAAAAUAUCGCCUGAUUCUCCAUCCUUAUCGAGAGACAAUAAGCGGGAAAUUGGAAUGAUGUUCAUGCCCUUUUUCAAUAUUCUGAAAUCGAAGAACGUAGUCGCAAGGAGAAACAUGUCGGAAAAUCUGCAACGGUUUUCAAGCCACGUCGAUGAAUUUAGCUCGAAAAAAAUGAUCAACACUUGGUUGCCGCUUGUGCGCGAUCAGAAUCAAGAAAUUCGUGAAAAUUUAGCGAAAUCCAUUGGCACGAUAUUGAAAAAUAAAAUCGCUAUUUUGGAGAAAACAAAAUCAAAGAAAUUGAGAUCAACGCAAGGUGUGCCUGAUGAACUUGUCGAAUACGUCAAUUCGAUCUGCAAUUUUAUGGCUGAAACUCUUGAAAAUGCGCUCGAAAUUCCAGACGACAGUUUACAUUGCACUCUCAUCACAACCGCGACUGAAUUUGGCAGCGUGCCUCUACACUUGACCGAGAGGAAGGUUUUGAAUAUAUUUUUAAUCACAAUAUUGCAUCCAAAUUCAACGAACACAGCAGUUGCCUUAGCCAGUGUCGCAUAUCGCGAAGUUGCGAGUUUCCACAAGGUUACUCCGAAGGAAAUGUACGUUAGAUAUAAAAAGGAUUUUUUGGAGCUGAUGAUGCGCAUGGCGGUGAGUAAUUUUAUCGCCAAAGGCUAUAACAUAGCAACGACAGUUCAUCGUGCUGCUAAGUGCAUCGGUUAUCAAGGUUCUCGACAAUUGAUGAGGAACCAUGGUCAUAUUGCAAUUUGUUUCUUAACGUCCUUGGUCGUCAAAACUCCUGCGGCGACACCCCUUUUUCACGAUAUGUCCGAUCUCACCAACAUGGACGAAAAAGAGAUGUUCACGGAAUACUUCCACCAUAUUUGUGCUUAUGUGUUUCUCAACGAGGCGCCGGAAUUUGGGACGAAGUGUCUCAAACUCAUAUCCACGAUCACGAAGAUCAAACUUUCCGAUUUGAUGUCCGGCUCUUUCAUGGGAAUAUUUCGAGAGUUGCUGUUACAUUUUCACGAAAAAAUGGAAACGGUCGUGCGUUGCUUGGAGAUUUUAUCGGCUUACGAUGGAAAGCCUCGAGUUCACUUCACCACGAAAGAAAAUGUAACGAAUUAUUUGAUGCCAUAUCUGCACGGAGUACUUGUGACUCUUGAUUCGAAUUUGAGCGCACGAUCCGACGAACACACCCAAAAAUCAGCACUCGCCAGCCUCGGUGCAUUAAUGCGCUUUAUGGGGGCUCGAUAUUUAACACCGUUGAGAUAUAAAAUUCUUGCUACUCUCAGAGUCUCCCUCAGCUUCCAGAGACCCGGAUUUCGAGAACUAUCGUGCUAUGCUUGGAAUUCGUUUCUUCACAAUAUAAAUCCAAAGGAUCUCGGUCCACUCUUACCGACGAUUUGCAUUUCGAUGAUUCCACUUCUCGAGAGUUGUCCUAGAGAGGCCGAGUCCAUGCUCGAGUACAUUUUUGUACAAAACUUCGACACGAUGUCGGUGCACAUCUCCGAAUUAUUUUUCAUCGAAGACAUCAAAGUUUCGCAAAAAAUAGCGUUAAUUGUGAAAUCUCAAAUUGAAAAAUCGUUGCCGGAAGGCUUUGAGGCGAAUUUGAAUCUUUGGCUGAGACGCAUAAUCCACGAAAGCGACGAAGUCAGGAAGAAAGCUCUGAGUCAUUUAAAAAAAUUUCUCGGCGAGCACCGGAGCGAAUUGAACGAAAUGAUUCUCGCUGAUACCGACGUUCAUCCUCUUGUCGUCAAACUGCUCGAUGCUCUUCUGGCUGGUUGUCAGGAUAAAGAUGAAGAUAUACGUUUGGGAAGUGGCGAGUGUCUCGGGGAACUUGGAGCUGUAGAACCGAGUCUUCUGCCCCGUAGAAUUGUUGCUAGAGAUGACAGUAAAUUCAUCGCAGACAUGAACGAAGAUUUUGCAUCGGCCACCCUGGUCGAAUUGGUUCGUGCGUUUCAAAUGCAAAAAAGUACUAGAAGCAUGGACUGUUUUUCACUCGCAAUUCAGGAAAUUUUGAAAGCUUAUGAAAUUUCGCCAACAGGCAAAAAUUCCAGUAUCUGGGACAACUUGCCGUCCAUGACUCAACAAAUAAUAUUGCCAUUUUUAACGUCUCAUUAUAAAAACACUGCGAGCAUUGAUCAGACCGAAUUUCCACAUCCGAUUUAUGGAUCCGAAGCGGGUUCGACGUUUCAAAAAUGGGCGUACAAUUGGGUGUGCUCCAUGUCGAGAUGUAUAAAAGAUGCCAAUCUUCGUGCGAUGCUUAACGCAUGUCAUCCAGCAUUCAAACACGACACUCGUACUAUGAUAUUUUGCAUUCCUCACAUCGUUCUGUACAUUGUUGCAAAUGACACUGAAAAUGAGAGGGAACGUUUGACAAACGAGAUAUUGGCCGUGAUAAAAGAAGGUGAAUCUUCGAGAUUGGAUCAAGAGUUACUGAAACAUCGACCACUUCGACUCGAAAACGAUGAAAAACCAAGUCAAACGCGAGUCUCCGAUGAAGCACGCCGAGUUCGUUGCUCACAGGUGAUUUUUUCGACGCUCGAUCAUUUGCAACGUUGGUUAAGAGAAAAGCGACUCGUAGCUGGUACAAAUUACAAUCGAGUCAGUGAAUUUUUUGAAAAAUUGGAUAGUCUUGUGCUAGCUCAAGGCUGUUAUCAAUCCCACGAAUACCAUCGUGCUCUGAUGUACCUGGAGCGUCAUAUGCGCUCGACGAACAAGGGACUUUCAGACUCGACCGAAGGCGGUCUUCUCGCAAAGAUUUACACGCAACUGGAAGAGCCCGACGGUGUUUCAGGCAUUUUGGCGACUCAGGAUCAGUCGCCGACUCUUCAACAAAUGGUGCUCGCCCAUGAAGUUAGUGGUCAAUUGCAGGACGCUGCUACUUGUUACGAGAGGCUGGCGCAAAGAGUUCUUACACCCAAAUACGUUCAGGGAAUGAUUCAAUGUUAUCUCGGACUUGAUCAACCGUUCACGGCCAUGAACAUCGCCAAGGGAGUACUGAACAGCAGGCCAGAAUUGGAGCCAGUAAUGGUAGAACACGAACCUUUCUGGCGUCUCGCAAAUUUUGCGAAUCUUGAUGAAAAUAUGCCGCAAAAGUCGAACAUAAAACGAGUUUUACUGGAUGAUUUGAAAAAUGGUCGAAUGCCUGAUCUCCAACCGAUGAAAAAACGCCUCGUCUCUCUACUUGGAGCUGCAUCACAUCCCGGUGCUUAUCAACAGAGUUAUUCUUACAUAAUGAAACUCCACAUACUCAACGAGUUCGAAAAAGCAGCCUCGUACAUGUUGAAGGAUCUUGACACGUUGCCCGCAAUCUUCGACGAAUGGGAUUCGCGUGGACAACUCGUACGAGCCUCGCGGGGCGUUGAAUUUGUUCUUGGGAUGCGAAGAGCAACUCUGAAACUUGCUGUACAACUCCACAACGAAAUUCAUGGCUCGAAAAAUGAUGAAAAAACUCAAGAACUCACGGAAGAAAUUGGCAUGAUUUGGCUCAAGAGCGCGAAAAUCGCCAGAAAAGCCGGACUUUAUCAACAGGCUUACAUAUACAUUCUCUCUGCAAGUGACUCGUGUCCUCAGCAGCAGCUAUACAUCGAGCAGGCACAGUUGUACUGGCAGAAAAAUUGUCAAGAGGACGCAUUUACGACUCUCAAACGUUGUUUCUCAAAUUGUUUCCGGCCUGCGAGUGAUUACAAAGAAAUGCCACUGGAUGUUUGUGAAGAAGAAAGAAGGCAGUGUGCGAAGGCAAAACUUCUGUUCGCAAAAUACAACGAUGAAACUCUCAACGUUGACACGAGCGUCAACAUCCUAAAUUACAAAGAAGCAAUAUUGGUUUGGUGCGCAUGGGAAAAAAGUUUUCUCGCUUGUGCACAAUAUUUCGAAUCGAUUGUCAACCGGAUGAACGAGGAUGAGAGAGACAUGGCUGGGAAAGAUUUACAAUUUCAAAUGCUUAAUUAUUAUGGGAAGUCAUUACUACACGGCUGUAAAUAUAUACAUCAAUCGAUGCCACGAAUGUUGACAGUAUGGCUGGAUUUUGCGUCACGGGUACAAAACAACAGAUUAGCGGCCAAAAUUUUAAUCGAAACGAUGAUUAAAAUGACAAAAGUUGUAGACGUUUAUCUCGACAGAUUGCCAAUUUUCAUGUGGCUAACUGCGUUCAGUCAACUAGUAUCGAGAAUUUGUCAUCCUUCUAAAGAAGUUCAAAAUACUUUGUGCACGAUACUGGUUAAACUGAUACUUGCUUAUCCACAACAUUGCCUCUGGAUGAUGGCAUCCGUUUUCAAAUCAUCUUAUCCAGCUCGGCAAAAACGAUGUCUAGAAAUCUUCAACAACCCACGACUGGAGACGUCACAAAUGAGAAAAUUGAUCAAAGAUUUUAAUAGACUGUGGGAAAAACUUAUCGAGCUAUCGAACAAAGCAAUACCGGAUGGCCUUCUCAAUACAAGUGUAAAAGUACUGUCAUCCGGAUUGCAACGAUUGUUGACAACUCCAGAUUUCGGUCCGGUAAUGAUGCCGACAUCCAAAUUUCGCCAACUUCAUUUGCCAUCUAAAGGGGAUUCCAUUUCGUCGCACAAACCGUUUCCAGUCGAUUGGGUCCACAUAACAGGCAUCGAUGAUGACGUAUUGGUUAUGACGUCGUUGCAAAGACCGCGUCGUAUCGCUCUUCAGGGUUCAGAUGGCGCUGCUUAUCUCUUCAUGUGCAAACCCAGAGACGAUCUUAGACGGGACUUUAGGUUGAUGGAGUUUAACGGCAUCGUUAACAAAUAUCUGCAGAAGGAUCCUGAAUCUCGGCAACGCAGGCUGUACAUCAGAACUUACAGCGUUGUUCCUUUGAACGAAGAAUGCGGUUUGAUCGAAUGGGUACCGAAUUUGGUGGGUUUCCGUCCGGUUAUAGUAAAUUUGUACAAAGAACGAGGAAUUUUUGUAUCUCAACGAGAAUUGAAAUCAAUGAUUUGCACGCUACGGGACCCGAUUGAAAAGAAACGAGACAUGUUCCUGAACAAAUUAUUGCCAAAACAUCCACCUGUGCUUGGGGAUUGGUUUCGUCUUACGUUCCCAGAUCCUUAUGGAUGGUACGAGGCUCGAACCGCUUACAUUAGAACUACGGCGGUAAUGUCGAUGGUUGGAUACAUUCUUGGCCUGGGCGAUCGUCACGGUGAAAAUAUUUUAUUUGACACAAAAUGCGGUGAUUGCGUUCACGUGGACUUCAACUGUCUCUUUAAUAGGGGCGAGCUAUUCGACUGGCCGGAACGAGUGCCUUUUCGUUUGACCCAAAACAUGCUAGACGCAAUGGGGCCUUUGAAAUACGAAGGUCCUUUCAGGCGUUCUUGUCAAACUACAAUGCGCGUGCUCAGGGAACAAGCCAGUAUUCUGAUAAGCGUAUUGACUCCUUUCGUCUACGAUCCCCUGGUCUCGUGGAAUCGUCAUCAGCCUGGCGAAGCGGGUGAAAAAACUAACGAAAAAGCGGUUGAGCACGUAAAAAAUAUUGAACAAAGACUGAAGGGCUUGAUGAGACCUCAGGGAAGAAAAUCGGGUCCCAAGGAAGUGAAUUUGAGCGUUGAAGGACAAACGAAUCAUCUUAUUCUCGACGCAACGAACGUUGACAAUUUGUGUCAAAUGUAUUUCGGCUGGGGCGCGUAUCUCUGAUGUACGCAGUUUCAUUUUCGUUGUCUCGUUUUUUCUAUGUUCGUCCAUCAUAAUUAAUUUGUUCAGUUUAUUUUUAUCGAUAUAUUGUUCUUUUCGUUGUCUUUUGAAAAUACGAGUUUGUUCGGUACUGCUGAAUGUGUAAAUAAAAGCCGGUAUCCUCGUUAUUUUAUAUUGAGUAAAAACACUUGAAACAGAUCAAUCAUAAAUUGUAAUAAUUGUCAAAAAAUCGUUGAUUUUUAAAACAUUCUAUUUACUCUCUUUUUUCAUUGGCAUUACUCUAUUCCAUGAGUUAAUUAACGUUGAUACUGCGCAGUAGCAUAAAAUACGAAAGGGAAGUGUUUAGUAUCUGAAAAACAAUUGAUUUUGUUCCAACAUCGUCGGUUUGUACUUUCUCAAGUCGAUAUUUCGACGUGAGGGAAGAAAAACAUUACCGUGGCGAAGCUCGUCAUGCACAUUUUGUAGAACUUUCCUGCUGUCAAACAAUUCGGCUUCUGGCUCCGAAGGAUUAUGAAGAAAAUGCCCAUUUUUAUGUAGCUCGAAGAGUCGUACCACUUCACGGAAAAAGCAGCGUUUCCAAUCGUCGAACUCUGUUCAAGGGGAAAAUCCCAAUUUUUACAAACUCGUUUCUCCAAAAAAAUAUGCACAGUUUGAGCAAACGUUACAAUAAAAAUCAUCGAAAUUACGUGAUAUAUAAUUUUGUCACCGGGCCAACAAAACAGCAGCAUUUGAAACAUCGCCAUCAGGAGGUACGAGAAAUACUCGGCGAGUUUGUACGCAUUCGCUGUCGUCUUUGAAUGCAAAUUUAAUAAUUAAUAGCAAGUUCAAAGCAACCGUGAAUGGUAUUUUGAAACUUGAGAGAACAAAAAAUUAAUCAAUCUUUUGUUAACAGCAUAAAACAUGUAGUAGAGUCGAAUAGCACAGUAAAAAAAUCUACGAACCGUUGAAAGCUGGAAUCCAACCAGACAUAUUAACAAACUGCUGGCGAAUACUUGCAGAAAAAGUAUAAGAUUGAAAGCUUUUUCAACGGAAUCGGAAAACCUGUUGUGACCAUCGAUUUUUCAAUCAUUUCUGUCUUCCAACACAUAAGCAAAAAUUUUUUUUCAUAAUUCAAUAAAUUCGUAUCGUUGUCACCUUA